UAUACCGGCAGCUGGCUAGUUCAACUGCACCUAAAGAGGCAAAUUGAGGUCGAUAACCAGCCAUGGAGAAACGCAUCGGCGCCGCGAUCCUGCUGACGCUUUCGCUCGUCGCCGCUGGCUUUGCCGGCGAGGUGGACGCCACUAUUCGCCUCCCUAGCGACGGCCAAGGUCUCGAGGAGGCGAAGACGAGGCCGUGGACGUGCUGCGACGAUCUCAGAGAACUCCCCAAGAUCCCGCCUAUCUUCUCGUGCGAGGACAAGGUCGAGCAGUGCGCCGACGCCUGCAGGUACUGCGAGGAGGACGAAGAUAACCCUUCACUCAGCGUCUGCGCAGACCUGUACACUGGUUACGACCCGGGACCCAGAUGUACCGAGGAGGACAACAGCGAAGCUGCGGCUGCUGCUGAUCAUAACCUGGCAAUGCCCGCAGUGGAGGAGACGCUGGUAGAGAAGGCAAAGGAAGAAGAAAAAGAUGAGGAGGGACCGCCAUGGAAAUGCUGCGUCAGGAUCUUCUGCAAGUGGUCACCGCCGCCGAUGCCGCUAACCUGCCGCUGCAAGGACACCGUCAAGCAUUGCGCCAGCGCCUGCAAGAGCUGCGAGAAAGUCAGUGGCGGCGAGGUCUGCAACGACUGGUACACGGGAGACCCCGAUGCCGCGUGCUACUAGCAUGCUUGCUACUUGCUGCGGCCUCAGCCUGUUCGUGUGUGUAACAAUAAAUAAAAAAAAUUGGUUUGUUGGUGUCA